AUGGCGGGCUGCUGUGUUUCUGCGGAGGAUCGGGAGAACCAGAGAAUCAGCGAGGAGAUCGAGAGGCAGCUGAGGAAGGACAAGAGAGACUCAAGACGAGAGCUCAAACUGCUGCUGCUCGGAACCGGAGAGAGCGGGAAGAGCACCUUCAUCAAACAGAUGAGGAUCAUCCACGGCGGCGGCUACACGGACGAGGACAAGCGCAGCUAUGCCAAACUGGUGUUUCAGAACAUCUACACGUCCAUGCAGGCCAUGAUCCGAGCCAUGGAGGCUCUAGGCAUCGCCUUCUCUGACCCACAGAACCAGACAAACGCCGGCACGGUGCUGGGGGUGGAGGUGGACAAAGUGGAGGAGCUGGACCCGGCACACGCCAAGUUCAUCAAGAGUCUGUGGCAGGACGCAGGAGUCCAGGAGAGCUACGAGCGCCGCCGAGAAUACCAGCUGUCUGACUCCACCAAAUAUUACCUGAGCGACCUGGAGCGAAUCUCACAGCCGUCGUAUCUGCCCGAUCUGCAGGAUAUCCUCCGGGUGCGAGUGCCCACCACCGGGAUCAUUGAGUACCCCUUCGACAUGGAGAACGUGAUCUUCAGGUGA